AUGUCCAGGGACUCUGUGUCUUAUGCUGUGGAGGAUAUUUCUUCCCCAGAGGAAUCCAUUCCAUGGGGGAAAUUUACUAAGCAAAGUCCAUUAAUUGUUACUUGUGUCACAUUCACCUGCACAGGGGCAGAAAGACUGACACCUGGCCUACAUAGGGCAGGGGCAGCAGGUCUCAGGCAGGGGUACCUGGCAGAAUGGGGCGCAACAAAACUAGGGGCAGGAGAAACAAAUACAGAAAGCUGCACCCCGAGAAGGAGGAGGAGAAAGAGGGCAGCUGCCAGCCGGAGCCCCGGGGAUCUGCAGAGAAAAGGAGCCCUGAGAAGGUGCAGGAGAGAGGGGGCAGCUGCCAGCCAGAGCCCCGGGGAUCUGCAGAGAAGAGGAGCCCUGAGAAGGUGCAGGAGAGAGGGGGCAACUGCCAGCUGGAGCCCCGGGGAUCUGCAGAGAAGAGGAGCCCUGAGAAGGUGCAGGAGAGAGGGGGGCAGCUGCCAGCCGGAGCCCCGGGGAUCUGCAGAGAAGAGGAGCCAUGAGAAGGUGCAGGAGAGAGGGGGCAGCUGCCAGCCGGAGCCCCGGGGAUCUGCAGAGAAGAGGAGCCCUGAGAAGGUGCAGGAGAGAGGUGGCAGCUGCCAGCCGGAGCCCCGGGGAUCUGCAGAGAAGAGGAGCCCUGAGAAGGUGCAGGAGAGAGGGGGCAGCUGCCAGCCGGAGCCCCGGGGAUCUGCAGAGAAGAGGAGCCGUAAGAAGGUGCACCUGUGUCCGCUACCAGACAGGUAUGAGCCCCUGGAGGAGGAGGUGGAGAGUAAGGAGGACAAGCAGUACAAGAGGAAGCAGAAAGUCAGGAAAUAUGCCAAGAAUGUCGGUAAAGUGGUUAGAACUGGCUGCCGCUACCUGCUGAUUGGAUUUCAAGGGCUGGCGAAUGCUUACAUUGCUCCAUUUGGCGCCUCUUCAGUAGUCCUAUCAUCAAUGUCCCGCUAAUUAAAGCUAAGAAAACAUGUCCCAACAUUUCAAACCCCAAAAUAAUAGAAAAAAUAGACAUUUGCCAAACAAUGGAGUCCUCUUGUGUCAGCGCUGGACAGUACAUGCUGGUGGUUUACAAUGAAUGAGCGCUAUUGGCUAAAAAUGUGCCAGCUGACUUUUGACUUAAUGAAUGCACCAUUGGUUCAUACACCUAACUUCAAACAAGCCUGGAGCUCUGAGACCGUGCGCUAACAUCACUUUACUCAUUAUCUGACCGUAAGGUUGCAGCAAAUACAAAGGGGGCACAUUAUUAUUCCACAUAGUUCUACAAAAGAUGCAUUAUAGCUGUUUUACUUAGGUUUGCACAGUUAAUACUCAGGGUAUUAUAUAACCAUAUUCACCAAAGACGCACUGCUGGCUACAAAGGAUAGUAUGACGUUUGCUGACUAUGACACAAAUAUUGAUGUUAGCUAGAUGUGUGCGAAUGUGACAGCUGCUAAGAUAUGAUUGGUGGUUUUUGUGACAUAUACUUUCUACGACACAACCCACAGUAUAUCUCUGCGCAAUUACUCCAUUCUGCAUUCCCAGUUCCCUCACCCCGUCCCAAAGCCCUGUAUCCCCUCACCAAGCCGCUCUUACCCAGUAUCCAGACAGCAGGAACCACACAGCCCUCACACCCCACCAGAAGAGGCCGGCGCAAUCCUGGUCAGCGGAGCUGAUGCCAUGUCCCAUAACUACUGCAAUAGAGCUGGACCCGUAAAAACGAGUGCAGUCACUGUGUGAAAGGAUCCGGUCACUGAGGCUGCGCCCACACCGCCUACAACUUGUUGCCCUAUUUGGACAAGAUGGCUCACAUCCCUGCAGGGCACAAAGUGGCAUAUCCUAGGGGCCCCUCUGAUCCUUGGGGCCCGGUACAGGUGUCCCCUUUGACCUCCCCUGUCGCCGGCCCUGAAUAUACUGUAGGUGCAUUACAAUUGGAAAAGUGUUGUGUGAGGCAACUUGUAUCUAAUUCAAUUGUCCAAUGUGAGUUCAGAUUUGUUGUUGUCACAGUCAGAAGUAGAAAAUGUAAUUUGUGAAACCUCAUAGCAGAACAUGAGCCAGGCCUGGGAGAUGCCACUCUGCCCUCUUCUCCAGGUCCGCUCUGUAGACUAGGCAUCUCCAGACCAUGCUCCAGAACCAUCUGUAACAGUGGUUAUUGACGGGGGGGGGGGGUCAAACCUCAGAGAGAGAGAGAGAUAAAGUACUAACCAAUCAGCUCAUGUCAUUUUACAGGCUCUCGAGAGUAUUUAUCAAAGCUUGGAGAGAGAUAAUGUACCAAUCAAUUGGCUCCUGUCACUUUACGGGUUAUGUUUGAACAUUGACUGGUUAGUCCUUUCUCUCUCCAAGCCUUGAUACAUCUCUCCCCAGUGUAUUUGUGUUCGUUUACAAAGGAUAAUGGGUCACGCACUUGAUAAUUACCCAGCAUUGGGAAUUCUUUGCUAUAUUCCCCAGCUAGGGCAUUUACAUUUUACAGUUGUAGCACCCAUCUCUGUGUUUUAAUGGUUAAGUGGACACGGUGAAGGCAGCAUUUUGUGGGUUAAUAAAUUACUAACGUGAACUAAUAGGCUGAAUACUUUUUCAGUCAACAAAAUGAUUUUAGGUGAUGGAUGCCCUGAAAGGGAAGAAUCAGAAGGAAUUUGCAUGUAGAAGAAGGAUAGGGGUAAGUUUGUAUAAUAGGAGAAGAUAAGGUGAACGUCUUUUGCUGGGUGUUAAAUAAGAAGGACACAGAAUGUAGUUUGGUAUUUAAAGGGGACAUCAACACGGCCUUAUAUACUAAGAUAUGCUAAUUUUUCAAGUGAAAUCUUAUUUUUGUUGGGAAUCUGGAUAAGACAUAAAAUGAAGUACAAUUGUCUAUAGUACUGACUGGUCUUUUUACUAAAUAGAUUAAAAUAAAUAAAUAAAAAAAUCUCCAGCUUCUGAUUAUGUUGUCAGAUUGAGCUGCAUGUACAGCCAACAGUGGGGGUCAUUAAAGACCCCUAGGAGCAUGCAUCGCUCAUAGCAUACACACUGGGCGAUAUUAUAAACGAUAUAACUCAGGAGGGUGAAAAUGAGCCUAGUGUGUAUGCACCUUUAGUAAAUGAAUCUGUAAUAGAAUAGGCUAGGAGGUGAAAAGAAGAUUCCCUGUGGUGGGCACACUCGGACUACAAUACUUUCUUAGAGUGUGCCCACCACAGGGAAUCUUCUUCUUUUCUUUUCACCUCCUGUACUUACAUUUUUCCUUGGAGCACCUCCCAAUAUGUAAAAGGUACAUACCUGUACUAUUGAAUAAAAGGGAAAGGACAUAAACUAUACAUGGAAAAGAUUAAAUUAAAAUAGGUGUCUGUGCGACCCUUCACCUAUCAUAGAAUAGGCUAGACCAGGUCAGCGGUGCACAGGAUUUAGGGAUUUAACCUUUCCAAACAAUCACAGUGUGCAGGCCUAUCUAUCUGCUAAUUCUAGACUUUAUUACAGGCAGCAAUUCUUACCAGACAGGCUGUUAGAAUGCAGGGAAGUGGCAUCUCUAUAUGGGUGAGGGCAGUCGGGUCUACAAGGUUUACCCACCUCCUUGCCAAAAUAGAAGGCAUCCCUGGUCUCCUUGCGAUUGGCCUGUUUGGUGUGGAAGACACAUGAGUAAUCACACCCACCCACGUGCUCUCCACUGUGCCUACACUUCCUUACUUAUAUAAUGUAUCACAUUCUUGUCUUGUGUUCAUUUGUGAGUAACAGAAUGUGUGCACACUUGCGCAGUGGGACUGCAAGCUCUGGCUUGACUUUUACUUCAACUUUUUUUUUUCCAAUUAAAAAUACACAAAUAAAAAAAACAAGUUGUAAAUUUUUUUUUUUAAAUAGUAAUAGUAAUAUUAAUGAAUUUUUUGUCUAAAAUCUCCUACUAUUGCUAACCUGAGAUGGCCACAGCAGAGGAAGGAUUGUGCCCUAAGAAUGUAUAGUAAAUGGGAAAAAUCUCUUUGAUAGAUAGGGAUUUCCUCUGGUUUAUAAACAGGCCAUAUAUGCCUCUAGUCUAAUUGCAUUAAAGUUCAUUUAUGAAAAUAUUUGUAUCGAUGAAUCUAAAACAAAUGUAUUAUAUAUAUACAAAAAUAUCCUAAAAAUGAAUGAACAUAUUACGAAAACUCACAGUAUGAGCCUUUUCAUUGACUUACUGUAUCUUUGUGUCGCUGGUAUGAUCUGGAAUAUUAUACAUGCACAGGAAUUGUUUUAGAAAGAUUUACUACUAAAUAUGUGGCAGAAAUAAAUCAAGUUACAAGAAGUCAAUAAAAAUGUACAAAAUACCAGAACCUUUAAUAUAUUUAACAAUAAAUACAACUGUAUGUUGAUAUUUGUAAAUAAAAAAAACCACGUUGUUUGA